AUGAAGCUCCUCUCCUCUUUUACUCUUCUCGGGUUUGCCAUCGUAGCGGAAUCAGCCAAAAAGAGCUACGAUGGAGCCAAAGCGGUCCGUAUUCCGGUUGGAGAGGACGUCACCCCUCUCAAGAAAGUGAUCAAGGAGCUCAAUCUUCCCGUCUGGAAGAGUGCCAAAGAUGGGGUCCCAUGUGCCUAUUCCAAUGUCGACCUCGUGGUACCAGCCGACAAGGUCAGCGAAUUCGACAAGAUGACAGCAAACAUGGACACCAAGGUCAUGCAUGAGGACCUUGGGGCAUCGAUUGCGGCGGAGGAAACCGCACCUCCUGUGUCCAGUAGGGUUCCGGCUACGAAACUUGCCGCCGCCAAUCUGACCUGGUUCAAUGCCUACCAUGACUAUGCGGACCAUCUUCAAUUUCUCAGUGAUCUUGCUGCUAUGUACCCUACGCGGGCCAAGGUAGUCACUAUGGGUGCUUCGGACGAAGGUCGUCAGAUCACCGGUAUUCAUUUCUGGGGGAGUUCCGGUCCAGGCAUCAAGCCCGCGGUUGUCCUUUACUCAACGGUCCACGCGCGCGAGUGGAUCACCACCGUGACCAACGAGUAUAUGGCCUACCACCUCUUGACCAACUAUGACAGCGACCCCGAAAUCAGAGGCUUUGUGGACCAAUACGACUACUACAUCUACCCCGUCGUCAACCCUGAUGGAUUCGUCUACAGCCAGACAACCGAUCGGUUUUGGCGCAAGAAUCGCCAAGUGUUGCCGUCGAGCACUUGUGUGGGACGAGACCUCAACCGUAACUGGGCGUUCCAUUGGGAAGUCGAGGGUGGUGCGUCCAUCAUUCCCUGCGAGGACGACUAUAAAGGUCUUGAAGCCGGCGACGCGACGGAGACCAGGGUAAUGAUGGAAUAUACCAACAACAUCGCCGCCACCCAGGGGGUCCAGCUCUACAUCGACAUCCACUCCUACGCUCAACUCUUUAUGACCCCCUACGGCUUCUCCUGCGAAGACGAACCCACCAACGGCGCCGUACUUCAUGACCUCGCCGUCGGCGUCGUCAACGCCAUCAGCGCCGUUUACGGCACCAGCUACACCGCGGGCCCAGUCUGUCCCACCAUCUACCCCGUGACGGGCGCCUCGGUGGACUAUGUCAACGACGUGACCAACGCCAAGUACUCGUUUACUAUCGAGCUGCGCGACACGGGCGAAAACGGCUUCGUCUUGCCCGUGGAAGAGAUCAUGCCGACGGCGAUCGAGACGUGGGCGGGGUUGCGGUACUUGUUGCUUAACAUGCCUUGA